AUGUCGUUUGGUGGGGACGGACACGGCCGGCUGCCCGGCUCCAGCGGCUCGAUCCCCGCCGUCUCGAUCCCCGCCGUCUCGAUGUCGUUUGGUGGGGACGGACACGGCCGGCUGCCCGGCUCCAGCGGCUCGAUCCCCGCCGUCUCGAUGUCGUUUGGUGGGGACGGACACGGCCGGCUGCCCGGCUCCAGCGGCUCGAUCCCCGCCGUCUCGAUGUCGUUUGGUGGGGACGGACACGGCCGGCUGUCCGGCUCCAGCGGCUCGAUCCCCGCCGUCUCGAUGUCGUUUGGUGGGGACGGACACGGCCGGCUGUCCGGCUCCAGCGGCUCGAUCCCCGCCGUCUCGAUCCCCGCCGUCUCGAUGCCUUUUGGUGGGGACGGACACGGCCGGCUGCCCGGCUCCAGCGGCUCGAUCCCCGCCGUCUCGAUGCCGUUUGGUGCGGACGGACACGGCCGGCUGCCCGGCUCCAGCGGCUCGAUCCCCGCCGUCUCGAUGCCGUUUGGUGGGGACGGACACGGCCGGCUGCCCGGCUCCAGCGGCUCGAUCCCCGCCGUCUCGAUCCCCGCCGUCUCGAUGCCGUUUGGUGGGGACGGACACGGCCGGCUGCCCGGCUCCAGCGGCUCGAUCCCCGCCGUCUCGAUCCCCGGUGUCUCGAUGCCGUUUGGUGGGGACGGACACGGCCGGCUGCCCGGCUCCAGUGGCUCGAUCCCCGCCGUCUCGAUGCCCGCUGUCGGCCAUCGGCUGGUGUUCGCUGCCGGACGCCAGCUAGAUCAGCAGCAGAGCGGGAGCGGCGCCGCGGCAGGCCGCGGCUGCUGCUGA